AUGAGUGGAGCCUUGAGCUUCGACCUCAAGGCUGAGACUGAAGCCCUACGAGCCAAGUACCUUGAAGGUUUGGGAGUUGCGGGUUGCGUGCAGCAACUUGAGAGCGGCUGCCCCUGUCCACGGUUGCAGUUUGAAUUUGCCUCUCUGUUGAUUUGCUCACCCAGCGAAAAAGAUUUAAGGGACUCCGCAGAUCUUCUCACGGAACUCCUGGAGAUUGGCUUUUGCAGGUCGGACUGUCUCUUCCAGCUUGCGCUGGUGUAUUUGAAGCUGGGGCACUACUCCCUCGCGAAGCGUCGGGUGGAGGCUCUUCUUCGAAUGGAGCCGCGCAAUUUGUCCGCGCUGUCUCUGCAUAGCCUCAUUCUGGACCGUGCAGCCUACGACGGCGUAAGCGGCUCGCUGAUCCUCGGCCUCAUUGCAGGUGGUGCGCUUUUCUAUCUCUUGCAGUGGUUUAAACCCCACUAG